AUGGCUUCGAACAACAUCACCCUUAACGUCAAGUCUCGAGGCAAGCCAAUCUCCAAGCUUCCUCGGGAGCUAUCAAUUAAUCCCAAUGCAACCGGACCGGAGCUAUACAACGCCAUUGCUGUAAAGUGCGGGCUCAGCAUACACCGCAUCAGGAUCACCAAGGCCAGUGAUGGUACCGCAAUCCACAACAGCAACAAUGCCACCAUACACUCCACAGGCCUCCGAAACCAAAGUACCAUCUACGUAAAAGAUUUAGCUGGCGAACCGUCUACCUCAUCGAGUCUUGCGCUAUUCGUCUUUGGUCAACUUGCAAAUCUAAACUCGCAUGUAGUGCUACGGAAUCUCCGUCGACCGGGCACGAGCGAGCGAGGCAUCCCGUCCGGCUUCGGGUUUAGCCUCGUGACGUGCCCAAAUUACCUGUUCGAGGUGAUCGCUUGGGUCGGUGUUUAUCUGGUGAGCGGGCUGAAUUGGAGCAUGGUGCUAUUUAUCGUCGUGGCGUGCACGCCGAUGAUUAUCUGGGGAAAGCAGAAGGAACGCGCGUAUCGUACAGAGUUUGGCGAUAAGUAUAAAAAGAAACGGUCCGAGGGUCAUUGA